AUGGCGAGGGGAGCAGCUGGACGGCCUGCAACGUGGAUCUUCCUCCAUCCGAAGCGGCGGAUCGAUGAAGACCGCCGGGCUCGGUGCGGCCAUGCGGGGGUGAAAAAUGUUCUGCUCAAAUCCAACGGCGUCCUGGAGGCCUUCGGCAACGCCAAAACCAACCGCAACGACAAUUCCAGCCGGUUUGGCAAAUACAUGGACAUCAAUUUCGACUUCAAGGGAGAUCCUACUGGAGGACACAUCAGCAACUACCUGUUGGAAAAGACUAACUUCUCCGGGAACAUGGCAGAGCAAGAGAGCCUAGAGUUUGGGAAAGCCGAUUUUGUCCUCUUGGACCAGGUGACCAUGGAGGACUUCCUGGAGAACCUGAAGCUCAGAUUUUCAGAAUUGUCGGCUAUUUACGAGAGGCUGUUUUGUUGGAUCGUGACCCGUAUCAACGCGAUCAUCGAGGUCAAGGACUACGACCCUCGUAUCCACGGGAAAAAUACGGUCAUCGGAGUCUUGGACAUUUAUGGCUUUGAGAUCUUCGAUAACAACAGCUUCGAGCAGUUUUGUAUCAACUACUGCAACGAGAAACUUCAGCAGCUCUUCAUCGAGUUGAUCCUCCAGCAGGAGCAGCAGGAAUACCAACGCGAGGGGAUCGAGUGGCAACAUAUUGAAUAUUUUGACAAUCAAAUCAUUGUCGAUCUGGUGGAAGAGCCGCACAAGGGUAUCAUCGCCGUCCUGGACGAAGCUUGCUUGACCGUAGGGAAAGUCACUGAUGCCCUUUUCUUAGAGAGCAUGGACACCCGGCUUGGAAAACACCCCCAUUAUACCAGCAGGAAGGAGAAUCUAACCGUCUCUCCUCACCGUGGUGCUUCUCCUGUUGAAGGUGCCUUCGGGAUGUGUGGGACACCAAUUACCAUCAUCCCCCGCCCUUCUGGUGCUUACUCAGGUGGUCCUUGUCUUACGACCGACGUGGAGCCUGGAAUUAGCAUUCUCAAAUCUGUCUUGUCUUCCUCUCUUGGGCCCCUCAUAGUGGCCGCUUUCGCACAACCCCAGAAGGCGGGUUCGCGGGUCCUCCAACAGCAACCAGGUGAGAGGAACUUCCACGCCUUCUACCAGUGCUUUUGCGUGUGUGAAGACCCGCUGAAUCCAGAAGAGCAAUGGGGGAAAUCUCGUGUGGCUGGAGAGAGGGCUCUGCCUGCCACUUCCAACACAGCUGGUUCCCCAUCACAGCUCUAUGAUAAAUGCCAAGUCAUCUGCAAAUGCGUUUCUUUGCAGAGUGAGAAAACCAACUAUCAAUCCGUCCUGGAUGCCAUGAAAGUGAUCGGUUUCACUUCCGAAGAGAUUGAUUCCGUGCAGAAGAUCCUGGCAGCCAUUUUACACUUGGUAAACGACACUGAUUUGACAUUUUAUCAACACUGGUUUGAGAAGGGACGCAUCUACACCUACAUCGGGGAAGUUGUGGUCUCCGUCAACCCAUACAAACCUCUGUCGCUCUACGGGAAGGAGGCGAUCGAGCACUACCGGGGCCGGGAACUGUACGAGAGGCCGCCUCACCUCUACGCCGUGGCCGACGCAGCCUACAAGGCCAUGAAGAGACGGGCCAUGGACACCUGUGUGGUCAUCUCAGGAGAAAGCGGAGCUGGAAAAACCGAAGCUAGCAAGUACAUCAUGCAAUAUAUCGCCGCCAUCACCAAUCCGAGCCAGAGGGCUGAAGUGGAAAGAUCUUUUCGUCUGCUGAAUUCCCAGGGCAACGUGAAUUUCAUCUGCUCUGGCGACGAGGUGGCCGUCGAAGACCCACAACUGGUCUCCUACCUUGCGGAGUUGACUUCCACCGAGCCAGAGAGCCUCCUGAGCACCCUCCUGUAUCGGACGGUGGCUGCGGGCGGCGGGGAGGUGAUCCGAAAAGGCCACGGUUGCGACGAAGCGAACUACGCGCGGGAUGCUUGUGCCAAGAAAGAUCUAAUACAGGUCUUUCUUAGUAGCCCAGUAGGGGAACCAUGCCUGGUUAAAAACUUAUGA